AUGACUUCGACAUCCCUUAUGUUGCCUAAGGAGAACAGUGAAGAAAAAAUUGUAAUAAUUACCCCGAAUAACAGUGGUGUAGGAAAGAUUCUCAUCAGAGAAGAUACGGUUCUCGGAAAUAUACAGGGUUGUGCCGGAUGCGGACGCGCACACUUUAACUGUUCUGGUGUUAAAAAACAGUGGUCGGUGUUAUGCUGGGGAAAGCAGUCGGACAAAAAAUAUUACUUCCUACUAGUACUCCUGUCCGCCAUUUUUGCACUAAGUCUCAUCGGUACAGUCUUUUUCUGUUUUACGAAUACAAUCAACGAUGCCAUAUUAUCUAGCAUGGUUAUAAGAAACAACAGUCUCGCGUUCAACAUGUGGAGGAGGCCAGCAGUGCAGCCGCUGAUGAAGGUUCACCUCUUCAACUACACCAACUGGCACCGUGUCAAGAAUGGCUUAGACAGGCGGCUGAAUGUGGAAGAAGUUGGACCUUAUGUGUACUCGCAGCAAGUAGAGCGUGUCAAUAUUAAUUUUCAAAAGGAUCAUCUGAGUUUUCAAGAAAAAAACAACUUUAGAUACUUGCCUGAUGCUUCUGGCGGCGCUCACUUCGACCAAAUCAACGUGCCGAACCUUCCUUUACUCGGUGUAGUCUCUAAAGCGCGCGAUGUGAAUCUAAACGGGUUUGCACAGUUCUCACUCAACUCAGCACUCACCUGGGCCAAUCAUCCAGAGGCCUUUGUGAAAUUACCAGUGCACAGGUUCCUCUGGGGCUACGAUGACAGCAUCAUCGAUACAGCCAAGCCAAUUCUGAGUCUCCAAGGAAAAUUGAAGUUCGAAAAAUUCGGUCUCUUAGUUACUAAAAAUGGUACGGUAUCAGACCGAUUGACCAUAAACACUGGGGAAAUAGAGAAGAACAAAAUGAACGUGAUAGAAAAAUUAGACGGGCAAACUCAUCUUCCAUACUGGUCGAGCCCUGAAUGCAACAGUAUAGAAGCUUCGGAUGGCUCCAUCUUCCCGCCUGCGAUGCUGGACAGGAAUACAACUUUAUACGUGCUGUAUCCUAACCUCUGCCGCCGGCUGCCAUUUAUUUACGACAGAGAUGUUGAGAUAUCAGACGGCAUCCAGCUGCUACGAUACCGCAUGCCAACGGAUGUGUUCGACGACCCGUCACACAAUCCCACAAACCAGUGCUACUGCGAGGUGGACACCGGGGUCUGUCCGCCGAAAGGCGUUAUCAAUGUAACGGCUUGUGCUAUGGGUGCUCCAGCCCUCGUUUCAUUCCCACACUUCUAUCUCGGUGACCCAAUACUCAGAGAGCAAGUGACUGGACUAAAACCUGAUCCUGAAAAACAUCAAACAUUCCUGGACAUUCAUCCGACACUUGGCAUUGCUCUUAGUGGAAAAUCAAGCCUCCAAUUGAACAUUCAAGUAAGGAAAACCCCUAUGUUCACUUCGCUCGGGUUCUUAGAAGAAGGUCUAAUUCUUCCUAUAGCAUGGAUAGAAAUGAGUGUUGAAGAUUUACCGGACAGUCUUAAAUCAUUAGUAUACCAUGGUACAUACUCAACAGCAGCGGUGCAGUUAGGGCUUACAGUGUUCUGCAUUUUAACUCUAAUUGUCUCAAGCACCUGCCUCUUAAUAAUGUUCGUGCGCAGAAGACAGAAGCCUUGCGCAACCAUAAGAAAGUUACCUGGAGAAACAGAACUUAAGACUCAACUAUCGUGA